AUGGAUCACUCUCAAAUUGUAACUAUUGAGGAUAUUGAUAUGAGUGGAAGUUUAGUAUGUGCAGAUGAUAUUGUUGAUUUGGAAAAAGACACGGAUGAAUUUGGAGAAGAUGAUCUUAGUGAAAUCAUUGCAAACAAAGAUGGUGAAUGCAGGGAAGGUAAUGCACACGAAAUUGUGGAAGAUGUUGAUACUGAAUUAAGCAAGACCCCAAUUUUAACUAGAGUUUUUGAGACAUCAGAAGAUGCUUAUGCUUAUGCAAAAGGCAAGGGAUUUGGAAUACGCAAGCAAUACCAUAAUAAGAGUACAAUUACAAAACAAAUAUAUAGGUGGAAUUAUGUUUGCUCGAAGCAAGGUGUCAAGAGACUACAUGAUAAAAGUGCUGAUGUUGAUAAUGUCAAAAGGCAAAGGGAUACAAGGACUAAUUGUUUGGCAAUGUUACAAGUAAAGUUGGUGGAUGGCCUAUGGAAAGUGGAGAAAUUCAAUGAUAUACACAAUCAUCCAUUGAUUAACAUUCCAACAAAGGUGAAGAAGUUUCUUUCUCAGAAUGAAUUGAGACACUCGAAUUUGACAAAAUCUGUUGUUUCUAAGCUAUAUCAAGAGGGUUUAACAUCUUCGAAAAUCUCAAAGGUUGUGAGCGCUAUGAACAAAGAGGUUAAUCUUACUCCCGUUCAAAUCAAUAGUAUUAUAUCUAGCCAGCGAAAGAAUAAUGUGGGGCGAGAAUGUCAGGGCAUCAUCAAACACUUUCAAAAGAAGUCCAUGGUUGAUGGAGCUUUUUAUUUUGAUAUGGAUUUGGCAGAAGAUGGAACAUUAAGAAGCGUAUUCUGGGCAGAUGGUAGGUCAAGAACUGCAUAUGCUCAUUUUGGUGAAGUCCUUGUCUUUGAUGUGACUUACAAAACAAACAAGUUCAGGUUUCCUUUUGCUCCUUUUGUGGGGGUUAAUCACCAUGGGCAAACAAUUUUAUUUGCUGCCGCUUUGUUAGAAGAUGAAACGGAGGCAACAUUUACGUGGUUGUUUGAACAAUUUCGGACAUGUAUGUUUGACAAGUCUCAUGUUGCUAUUAUCACUGAUCAAGAUAAAGCUAUGGGAAAAGCAAUAGCUAAGAUAUUUCCAGGAGCACGACAUCGUUUUUGUGCUUGGCAUAUAAAGAAACAUGUUAUGGAGCAUAGUCAAGCACUGUGCGCACAAUUUAAGGAUAGUUUUGAUGUUGACUUCCGUGCAUGGUAUAAAAGUUGA